GUGUGUGUGUGUGUGUGUUCCACCCUCUCCUCCUCUCCUGGCAGGAUCAGGGAGCAGUAUCCCGGGACGGAGAUGGAGAAGUUUGCCAGCUUUAUCGGCGAGUCCCUGAAGAAGACCAAACAGCGGGAGUUUGUGCCGUCCCAAGAGGAGAUCCUGGCGCUGGUCACGCGGCAGGAGAUGGUAACCACAGUUUACUGUCAUGGCGGCGGCUCCUGUAAAAUCACCAUCAACUCCCACACCACAGCCGGGGAGGUGGUGGAGAAGCUGAUCCGGGGACUGGCCAUGGAGAACAGCCGUAACAUGUUUGCUCUGUUUGAGCACAGCCUGACUGUGCACAGAGCCAUAGAGAGCCGGGUCAUCGUGGCUGACAUCCUGGCCAAGUUCGAGAGGCUGGUGGGGAGCGAGGAGGAGGAGGAGGAUGGACAGUGGCAGCUUUACUUCAAACUUUACUGUUUUCUGGAUGUGGAGAAUGUGGCCAAAGAUGGCGUGGAAUUCGCUUUCAUGUUCGAGCAGGCCCACGAGAGCCUGCUGAGUGGGCACUUCCCGGCCCCCGAGGACACGUUACAGCUGUUGGCCGCCCUGCGUCUGCAGUACCUUCACGGGGGGUACGUGAAGGGCGGGGUGACGCUGGCCGAGGUCUAUCCCAUCGGCAAACUGAGAGCCAGGAUCUCCCACUCCACCAAGACCAACGCCCAGACCCUGGAGCGCCGCAGGACCAGCUUCCUGGAGGGCACCCUGCGGCGGAGUCUCCGCACCGGCUGUGGCAGGAAACAGCGACUGGAGGAGGAGCAGAUGCUGGCCAUGUGGCUGAAGGAGGAGAUGUCGGCCACACGCAUUAGCAUCUCGGACAAGUGGCAGCGACUCAGCCAACACCAGGCCCUCGGCCAACACCAGGCCCUCAGCCAACACCAGGCCCUGCUCCGCUACAUGGCCAUUGUCAUGGACUGGCCUGGCUACGGCUCCACUCUCUUCGACAUCGAGUGUAAGGAGGGUGGAUUCCCCCACGAGCUGUGGCUGGGGGUGAGCGCGGAGAACGUGUCCGUGUACAAGCGCGGAGAGGCCCGGCCCCUGGAGACCUUCCCCUACGAGCAUAUUGUCUUCUUCGGAGCCCCCCUCCCCAAUACCUACAAGCUGACCGUGGACGAGAGGGAGAUGUUCUUCGAGACGCCUCAGGUGGGUGAGAUCACCAAGGUAAUGAAGGCCUACAUCAACAUGAUCGUGAAGAAGAGAUGCAGCAUGAGAACAAGCCUGACUCAGGACUCACCAUUCAGCUCCUGGAGCAGAUAAACAGAGACCCAGCGCGCUCUCUCCCUCCCUCUGCCUCUCCUCAACCCCCAACCCAAACCUCAACCACACCCCCCACCCAACCUGAACCCAAUCCCACUUGGAUCCUCAUCACUCACUUCCGAAGGACCCCACACGGUUUGGUUCCUGAUGUGGAUGGAACCUGAGAUCGAAGACAACACAGAGCGGACUUUGGACUUUUGUCUUCCGGGAUUCUUCAUGGAUUCCACAACAACUGAGGGGGAGGGGGGAAGGAAGUG